AUGGUUUUGAAAUGUGUAGUUUUUGAAUGUACAAAUCGAAAAGAUCGGGACAAACAUUUGCAAUUUUAUCGAUUACCAGCAGUAGUGGUAAAUCAAGGCGAAGAUUGCGAAAAUCUGAGUAGUGAAAGGCGACGAGAAUGGCUGGCUAGCCUCGGACAGAAAUUUGAAAACCGAAACAUGGGUAACAUCAGAAUAUGCUCGGCACAUUUCAUUGGUGGUGAAAAGGCCCGGCUCUAUGACAAAGGUAACCCAAACUGGGUGCCAACAGUCAAUGUCGGGCACGGGGAGAAUGUUCUGAAGCAAACAAUGGCAGUAAACAGGUACAAUAGGCUCCACAAUAGACAGAAAAGAAAAGCAGAGGAAAAGAUCGUCAUUGUGGAAGAGGGGUUGGCGUUGGAAAACAAGGAAAACGCUACAAGUACAACUGAGUUUGGCACUCAAACAGACCUAACUACCUCUAUGUUAAAAUCAAUGGAGAAUGAACUCCAAGCUCUAAGAACAGAAAACCAAUCAUUGAAAGAACAACUUUCUAAAUAUACAAAUAAAAUGUCACAGGUAGACUUAGAGGGAGACAAUGAAAAAGUAAAUUUUUUUACUGGCAUCUCUUCAUUUGCCAUUUUAAUUUCAUUGUACAAUUUCAUAGAACAACACUUACCUCCUCGUACGUCUUUAGACAAAUUUAGAAUGUUUAUGUUAACAUUAAUGAGACUUCGAUUGAAUUUGUCAGUACAAUUUUUAGCCUAUGAGUUUUCCAUUUCACCUGCUUCAGUGUCAAGGAUUAUAACUUCAGUUAUUAAUGUUAUGUACAUUCGCACAAAACCAUUCGUUUUUUGGCCAGAUAGGGAGACUUUGAAGAUGACUAUGCCAAUGCAGUUUAAACAGCAUUGUGGUUCUAGAUGUGCAGUAAUUAUUGACUGUUUUGAGGUGUUUGUAGAAAGACCAUCAAAUCUGAAAGCACGUGCUGAAACAUGGUCUUCCUAUAAACACCACAAUACAGCCAAUUUUUUGCUGGGCAUUACACCACAGGGAGAUUUGAUACUGGCUGAUCGUGGUUUUAAUAUCCAGGAGAGUGUUGGUUCUGUUUGUGCAGAACUCAAGAUUCCUGCAUUUACCCGGGGAAAAAGCCAAUUGUCUGCAGUUGAUGUUGAAACAACCAGAAAAAUAGCUAAUGUAAGAAUUCAUGAGGAAAGGGUCAUUGGAAUGGUGCGACAGAAAUAUACAAUACUGGGUAGUACUCUUCCAAUCAAUUUAUUUAUUUCUAAAGAUGACCAGGGUACAACAAUGGUAGACAAAAUAGCACACGUAUGUUGUUCAUUAGCAAACCUCUCCGAGUCUGUUGUAGAUUUUAAUUGA